AUGGCCUCGAUGGCCAAUUUCGCGCAAGAGUUCUGGCCCAGGCGUUUUCGCGCGCGCGCUGGCCUCGGCGCCUCGGGCCGCGCCCUCGCAGCUCCAGAAGUCGUCGAGCGGCAGGAAAAGGAGUCGAGCGAGGAGGGUGCGCUCGUCUUCCUGUAUUCAGACAUCCGCAAACGGGUGCCCGAGUGGGCCAGCUCGGGCCCUCGCGACGUCGAGGGGGAGGCCGACGCGCCGAGCUGCGCCAGCAAAGAGAUUCGGGACAUCGUCAACGUUCGUGCCCCGCGCGCGACGCCGGCGCUCGCCCCGCGGGAAGCCGCGGCGGUAGAGAAGGAGCACGAGAAGACGACCUUCCGGACCGCGUGCCAGUGGCAGCUGGCGCGGGGCCA